AUUUAUUAGCUAAAACCUGCCUCAGAUCAUAAAUACACUAUGAAAAACAAUGACAUUUAUGGUUAAAAUAGCAGCUGUUGGUGUAGAAACAAUUUUCACUCAUAAAUUGCUAGUAAAUUUAAGUAACACUUUAAAUUAAAAACAGAACUUAAGUCCAGUAAUCUGAUUUAUUUACAAAAAAUUAAACAUAUCUUUUACAUUGUAGCAGGAUUUUACAGAUUAAGUUUACAUUUACAGUAAAAACAUGCAUUUCCUUAACUGAAAUAAUGCUGAUAUACCUUUUUCCUUUAUGUUAUACUGACAAACACCAUAAAACACAGGCAGUAAAGAGAAAACCACAUGAUGACUCAAAGUUCAUCACAAGGAGCUGAGGAUAUUAAUAAACUAAAGAUACAUACAAAACGCCAUCAUGGAAACACAGAACAUUAAAAUAAUAUAAGAAACAUUCAUCUAACAACAUAAGAUGAAUGAUAUAACAUCAAACCCUAAUGUACAAAACUGACAAUAAAAAACUAAGAAUAAACACAGAUAUUUCUAUAAAAAAACAAAAACCUUUUUUCCAUUUUGAAACGCUGUGCAUUUGUCAGUAUUUUAGUGUGAAAUUACAUGAAAUGUUCAGUUAGAUCUAAUAAAGUUCGUCACAGUACUGUUACCACUUACUGUAGCAUCUUUGCAGUCUUUUACUGUUAAAAAUGUGAUGUUUACAGAGUAUGCAUGGAAAUGCGAGUGUGUAUUGUAUGUUGGGCUCUGUGUGUCUGUAUAAACUGUAAUCCCGCUGCUGAUUAUCCCUGCAUUUCUAUUGUUGUGUCCGUCUGCCUGCAUUCAGGCUUCAGUCCAGGAUCAUCACACUGACUCAGCUAACGAGAAUUCAGCCAGAGCUUCAUUAACACUCUGACUCACUAAAAGGUGUUUUGAUAGUGUUUGGCAAAUCACUUAUUUUCACUUUCUUUAAUAUAUGCUGUAUUUGUCACUCAGAAAUACUGGUUGUCUGGGCUUUGCCAAAUCAGUUUUUGAAGAAAAUUGCAAUUUAAAUACACAAAACAGAGUUCAGAUAAAGUACAUAAUAUUUUUAAAUAUUUUUCUAACAACACCAGUAUAGGAUUAGUGCAAAUAAUAUUACAUUUUAGCAUCAUUUAGAUAUCAUUUGUAUUUAUUAAUGAUCUAUAAUAAUGUUUUUAGUUAUUACUAUUUAUCUGUUUAAAAAGUUUAUUUGUCUGUAUGUUCUCAGUUCUACUUUCAUAUGCACUUGAUAUGUGACAAACCUUCAGCCAAUCAGAUCAGCAGAUUUCGGAGUGUGUUACUAUAAUACUCCUCGCUCCUCCCCGUCUCAGACGUCUAUAAUCUCUUAAGGAAAUCUGCUGAUGACUGGGACGCGCCGUCAGUCACAUACUCACUGUUUGUGUUGUUUUCAGGUGCUUCGCUUGCAUCAUACUAGUUUUUGAGCAUAUAUAUGUGGGUUAAAGGCCGGACGCUUGACCUGCAUUAGCUGUUAGGUGCAGGUCUUUCCACAGCGCACAUGCCUUAAGGUUCCUAGAGGUUUGUUUGCGUCCGCACAUUUUUAAAAGCAUCAGAGGAAUGUGACUUAAUGGGAAAAUAUGCAGCCAAGAAAAGUCAAUGCUGUCAAGGAUGUUAAAUAAAUGACUUCUGUCACUUUAAACCAGGUUUACUGUCAAGAAACUGGGAGGAAUGAAUCAUCAUGUAGACCCCAUUCGUGGCACUCCGCUAAAUCCACGGAUAACCCUACCAGCGACACUCCAAAAUCUGAACCCAACCCUGUACCUGACCCCACUUGGCAGACAAACUAUGAUGCAGGGUCACCCUCGAAAGACUUCACUAGCUGUUGGGGACAGACCAAUCUGCGACAAGUAUCCUGCCAGUUCAGCUCGGUGGGAAAUAUGGAAAGUGUAGAGCCCCCAUCUCACGCUUUCUCCAAAGAGCAACCGUUAUCGAGCAAACCCAACGGUGGAGCAGAUCACCCAGUGCUUGAGAGCGCCAACAGCAAACCUACUUCUGCAUGCAACACGAUUUUAUCAGGCACAGCUGACCACGGUGCACCUCGGUGUGUCAUUAAUACAGAAGGGAUGUUUUAUAGAGGCAUUCCCAGUGAUCUAGGAGUUCCCACUGACUGCCAUAGAUACCUGCAGAUCCCUAUGGGCAACGGUGGACGAGUGAGUCCCAGUGUGGAGGAGCAAGCUAGCUCCAAAUUCUCCUCCACUGGGAGAUCCAAUCAUAGACCCGUGUGGCAUAUUCCUGAGAACAAGAUGUCCACUACUCAAGCUCCUUCUCCACCCUUGCGUAGUGAUAGUUUCACGGCCACCAGAGUUCAUGAGAAGAGCUUGGUGGGAUCAUUCCCUGAAGGACUUUCUGUGUAUCCACCACAGAAACCUCACUGCAGAGCUGUGGACCAACAGUUGGACGGUGAACGAGGGCAUGAAGUGAGACACAGCUACAACCCACCUCCAAAGAAGGACUUUCUUCAGCCAUAUCUUUCGGUUGAGGACUACCCAAAUCAGCUAAACCCUACCAAACUCUUUUCCAAGUCAAGCACUGAUGUUAGACAAGGCCAGAACCCGUUUACAUAUGAACUUCAGCAUCAGAGACAACACAGCGAUGAUAGUACCUUUUCUGCACACCCCAACGCCACAUGUUCACCAAAGAUCCAGAGCGUUGGGAGCUACUACCGAAGCCUUCAAGAUUUGCCCACCAACACUGGCAGUCGAAACCAAGCCAGAACCUCCAUGGCCUUUGACCCUAACCAUGAGGGCCAGGCUCAUUUCCGCUACUACUGCAUCACUGCCCAGCAGCCAUCCUUGGAAUCACCUACGCAGGGUUGGAUGAAAGAUGAACGAAGGUCUGAAGUGGGAACCACCCAAGGUGCCUCAGACAGAAGCUUUGCUGGUUCUCAAAAGGUUGUGAAGACUAAGUAUCCCCAACUGUACCUCAGUGUACCUGAGAACAAGAGCUCCAACAGUUACAACAAACAGACCAUCAGUCCUCCUUCAUCUCAAGCUACAUCCCCAAAUCAUCUGACUUCAAAGUCCAGCUCUGGGGAAAGAGAGACUCCAAAGAAGAAAGAUGGAGUUAAGUCACAGCCUUUCAGGCAUGUAUCAAAUCACCAGAUGGAGCAGAAGCACUCUGCAUCCACUUACCACCAGGACAAUCCGUGGAUCAGCAAGCAGGAUCAGAAGAUCUGUCCAUACAAGACACCUUUGUUGCAUUCUUUGGCCCAAGAGAGCAAGAAGAUGGCAGAAAAAUCAGUGGCAGCCAAAGGAGGAAGUCAAGAAUCAACUGAUGCCAUUGGUGGCAAACAGGGAAGACGGAGUGACCGCUAUGCCACGACUCUACGCAACGAGAUCCAACAGAAGAGGGCCCAGCUUCAGAAAAGCAGAAGUGCAGCUACCUUGACCUGCUCAAGUGAAAUUGAGGAGGACUCUGACAUUUGGAAGUCCAAUGAGAACUCCACAUCAUCUUCUGAUGGCUCCUUCUCCAACACUUACAAGGAUCAUCUAAAGGAAGCCCAAGCCAAAGUUCUGAAGGCCACGUCAUUUAUGAGGAGGGACCUGGAGCUUCCUGGGAAUGAAAUUGCACUGGGUCAACCUCCUAAAAAACCUGGGACUGUCCAUGGACAAGUCACUCGCAUUGGGGGGCGUAAAAGGUUUCCCAUGGAUAAAAAGAUACACUCCUUCUCCGAACCAGACAAGAUCAAUGAAGUAGGAGUAGAGGAUAAGGCAGCUGGGUCCUUUGUGGACCGAUAUAAGUUCUUUGAAAGUUCCUGCAAACCAGUUCACCAAAGGCCCAUUGCAAAGCAAUCCCUGCUCAGUCCCACUGAAGACCAAGAUGAGAGGAAGACUAGAUUAACUGGAGAAACUGAAAGCAUCCAUCAAUCUCCCUUAAAACAGAGUAAAUCAAGCCAUUCUGAUCUUCAUACUGAGGAGCAACAACGACUUGGUACAUUUGCAGAAUAUGAAGCUACAUGGAACAUGCAGAAGAAGCCAGUGGAAAGAAGAACCACAGGCAGAUAUCAUUCAGCUGAAAAUAUCCUCGACUCAGGCUUGGAGGAAUCAAGCAGCACAGUUUGUGUUCAUGAAAGAUCCCGUUCUUCUCCUUCUGCUGACUUCUACGGACAGAAAAUUCCUCUGCCAACCAGAAAGUCUCCUGUGGAAUCUCCACCUGAACCCAAGGACCAACAAGAGGCCCGUAUCAGUAGUGUAUCUGAAAGAGAGCAUGGUCUGCUCAACAUCUCCGAACCUCUAGAGUCCAUCACACUGAACGUUCUGAUAAGUGACAUGGAGGCUCUUUCCCCCAACCAGAAUCCCAGACUUGAUACGAGGCAUCCGCCACCUUUCUCCUCGCAUCAUCUCCAGGUUCCCGUGUCAGAGCAACUGCUUCCUAAAAACAAAAGUCCUGAACCGCAGAGGUCUGCUCAACCCAAACAACCAGAAACCACAUGCCCUUUCAGAGCCUCCCAGGAAGCUAGGGUUCAGACGUCUUCCCCUGAGCCAACUCAAGGACCAUGUCCAUCAGAACAUCUGGAGAAAGACAAAAGCCAGCUCGCUGCACCAGAGGACAAUCAGAAAUCAGACACUGAGGGGACAUUAUCUCACAAACCACAUCUUCUGGGUGGUCCCUUCAUUUCUCCGAAGCAGAACGUUGAUCUGACGGUAACCUCAGCCAACAGAACACGUUCUCCAUCUCCUCAGUUCUUUCCACAGAGGCUCACAGAUGAACCUCCUGCAGCUGUGCAGAAUAGUAAGAAGGAGGAAACAUCAGAGCCAAACACUGUUGGGCGGAAGGUCCCCAUACAGAUCGUUUGUACCGAAAAUGGUUCAGAGAGAGAAAAUCGCAACUAUCUGCCACAGGGUGAAUCAUCUGGAUGCUCUGAGGUGCCUAAAACUGGCCAGCUAAAAAAACUAGAUUCUCCAGAGCAAUCAAAGUCACCGUUUAUUGCCUACACCCGCCCGGAUCCAAGCAGAAAUGCAGAACAUCAGGCUGACGAGUUGGUACAAGACAAUAAAGAGCGGGUGAGGAGCAAUGGUGUGGGCGAACACUCUGAGGAGGAUCUGAAACGAGAGGAGCUGGCCAGGGAUAUCAUGGGGAAGGACAAGAGUCUAGUGGACAUCUUGGAUCAGAGUAAAAUGAUGACUACCAUGGAUCUGAUGGAGGGAAUAUUUCCACAGGGGGAGCAGCUCCUGGAGGGAGCGCAGCAGAGGAGGAAAGCAUCCUCCAAACAGACUUCUCCCAAAAAUACACAGCAGAGGGUGGAGGACAAUAUGGCGUCAUCAGUGUCAUUAGUGAGCAGUUCGUCGUAUUAUAGCACAUCUGCACCCAAAGCAGAGCUGCUAAUAAAAAUGAAGGACAUGCAGGAGCACAUGGAGGAACAGGAUUCAGAGGAUGAACUCGAUUAUGACCUGUCCAGCAAGAAGCAAGAGUUGAUUGACAGCUUAAGUAAGAAGCUGCAGGUGCUGCGAGAGGCGCGUGAAAGCCUGCAGGAGGACAUGCAAGACAAUAACGUUCUGGGAGAGGAAGUGGAGGCCACCGUACAGACCGUCUGCAAACCCAAUGAGAUGGAGAAGUUUCGCAUGUUUGUGGGCGACCUGGACAAAGUGGUCAGUCUGCUGCUGUCACUGUCCGGCCGACUGGCACGCGUGGAAAACGCCCUGAACAACCUGGAGGAGGGAACAUCAGCGGAUGAGAAGCACACUUUGAUUGAGAAACGCAAACUGCUGAUUCGCCAGCACGAAGACGCCAAAGAGCUGAAGGAGAACUUGGACCGAAGGGAACGUCUGGUUUAUGAGAUUCUGGCCAGUCACCUCAGCGAAGAGUGUCUCGCAGACUACCGGCACUUCGUCAAAAUGAAGUCAGCGCUCAUCAUUGAGCAGCGCAAACUGGAGGAUAAGAUCAAACUGGGUGAAGAGCAGCUCAAAUGUCUGAAGGACAGUCUGCCGCUGGACCAGAGACUGAUGUACUGAACUAUACUGAACUCUGAACUGGUUUUCACUAGACUGGACUAAACUAGACUCUAAGUAUUGCUUGCGUGCAUUGGAUAGAUUUAUUACAAUCAACACACAAUCAUUCUUAUAUCAGUUUUGAGCUUUCCAUUGAUUCCAGUUUAAAGUAUUUUAGUGAAUUCAUUCAUGCUUUGAAUCCGCUCACGUUUUCAGGGAUGUGCUGUAUAAAACUCUCUCCUGUUUUUUAAAGGAUCUUUUAAAGGAAGUUUUUUCUACCUGUAUAUACAUGUUCAGCUAAUUUAUUUUGCUGCUGAAAGCUAACGGUGCUAUUUACUGAAAGGUUAGAUCUGCUUAUUCUUGACUAGAUCCACACUGAAAGCUGUUUUACUCAUUUUGAUGUAAAUGUUUUAAACUUUCCUGUUUUUUUAACUUCAUGAAAUAACCAUAUAGUUCAAAAUAACUCAUCUUGUAUCUAAAAUAUGGUCCUGUGAACCAGAAAAAUAAUUUGAUAUACUGUUCAUAAACAUGCUUGCAGUGCACUUCUGCAAUAAAUUGGAAUAAAAAUAAAAUAUUGUGCAACUUC